AUGGUCGGUCGCGCUUCUUCAAUUGACCCAAAACGCUUAACGGCUGUACCGAAAGAUUAUGAUCUCGACGAAGAUGUUGCUGAGCCUGAUGUUUAUGCGCCAGAUGGCCCACAGACAUUGCCUAUAGAGGAAGAAGAAAGAACGCUCGCUGGUCAACCACCUCAUCAGUUAUCUGAAAAGCCCGAACCUGUUUCAUGGAAGAGCUUGCCUCGAAAAGAUCAACUAUUCAUCCUCACCAUGGCUCGGUUAUCAGAACCGCUGACACAAACCUCUCUACAAUCCUAUAUGUUCUAUCAACUCCGCUCCUUCUCUCCAUCUGCCCCAGACAGCACCAUAUCUUAUCAGGCUGGUAUGCUUCAAGCUGCUUUUACAGGAGCCCAAUUCUGCACAGCCGUUUUCUGGGGUAGGAUGGCCGACUGGGAGCAUAUGGGUCGCAAAAGAGUUAUCCUAGUCGGACUCUUGGGUACUGGAAUUGGCGCUCUGGGCUUCGGCUUUAGCAGCAGUUUUGCUGUGGCACUUUUUUGGAGAGCCCUCGGUGGAGCACUCAAUGGCAACAUCGGCGUGAUGAGAACAAUGAUCUCCGAAAUAAUUCGCGACAAGAAAUACCAAUCGAGAGCGUUCCUUCUACUUCCUAUGACCUUCAACAUAGGUGUUAUUAUAGGACCUAUUCUAGGCGGGCUGUUGGCCGAUCCAGCAGGAAAUUAUCCUUCAUCUUUUGGAUCAAUCGCAUGGCUAAAGCAGUGGCCAUAUGCUCUUCCAAACCUUGUUAGUUCUGUGUUUCUCUUCUUAUCGGCAAUGGUCGUGCUGCUGGGACUCGAAGAGUCACACGAAAUGUUGAGAGAUAAGCCAGAUCUGGGAAUAUGGUUCGGACGAUGGAUCGCAAGGGUUGUGUUCCGACAUAGAUUCGAUCAAAGCUAUCAAGCGGUAUCCAGUGAUGACUUGGAUUCUUCGACAAUGGAGAUGCAAUCACCAACCGACGAACCCCCUACGCCGAGGCUACCUCAGGUCAGGAGGAAGUUACCAUUCUCACGCAUCUGGACCGCCAAUGUGCUCUUCACAUUCACAGCUCAUUUCCUGCUGGCUGGUCACGUAGGCACCUUCAACAGCCUCUGGUUCGUAUUCUUGUCAACACCAAGAUAUGUGCCACAUGGUCAGACAAAUAAUGGGACAGAUGCAAACUCAAGUCUAGGCAUACCUUCGGACUACAAACCACACCCGCCUUUCAGUUGGACAGGUGGUCUGGCGCUUCCGCCUGCACGCAUCGGUUCUGCGUUAGCCAUCUUAGGCGUUGUUGGUAUAUCGCUGCAGUUGCUACUCUACCCUAGACUGUCCUUCCGAUUGGGUACAGUGACCUCCUUCCGGCUCUCACUCUGUCUGUUCCCCCUGGCAUAUUUUCUGGUCCCUUUUCUCUCUCUCGUACCAACAAGCUCUACUCCACCUGCAGCGGCCUCCGGACCGCUGUUGUGGAUUUCAAUCAUCAUUGUGCUGUGCAUCCAAGUGACUGCGAGGACAUUUGCGCUGCCUGCUACGGCGAUUCUGAUCAACAACGCCUCGCCGCAUCCAUCCGUUUUGGGAACGGUGCAUGGCCUAGGCCAGAGUGCAAGUUCGGCCGCCCGCACUAUUGGCCCGCUAUUUUUGAGUUAUCUCUACGGAGUUGGACUACGACGUGGCGUAGUCGGGCUGUCGUGGUGGUGUAUGGCAUGUUUCGCGACAGUCGGGGCUGUGGCUGGUCUUUUUGUCAAGGACGGAGAUGGGCACGAAAUUUGGCUAGAAGGAGAGAAGGAGGAGCAAGAACAAAAUAGUUUACCUUGA